UUUCAGCGUCAUGACUUGGCCUUGGGUCAUCUCUUCGCAUGAAAGCCUGGCUGCUUGUGAUAUGAGAUUUUGUCAUGUUCUAAGUUUUGAUCCUCCAUUUCCUCACGUUCACUUCGGAUAACAGUAUCAAUUUUGCCCGAACAAGAGGCUUGCUGAGUAGUAUUGUACGGAGUGGUAUGACUGUAUCAGUGUCGGCAGUGGCAGUGAGGCUUCCUCCAGCUUCAUUAUUUAGGAAAACGCUGGCGAGCUGCAAGUAAUGAGUGACGAGGCGGCAAGUGGACCGACACCGAACGGGGAGAAAUCCGAAGAAGAAGGGUCCAAAUCCACUGUGGAAGCUGCAGAUGCUGUGCAGUCCAAUGACCAGCCCGAGCACAAUGAGGAAAAAACGGAGGGGCCUGAGGAAGGGUGUCAAUACCAGGAAGAAAAGCUCGGCAUAAGCAUCCUGAGUCAUCAUGAAAUCUGCCGUCGAGCAUCAUCAGCAAGCGAGGGCAACUCAUGUGCUGCUGCUGCUGCAAUGUCAUCUGAUGAGGAUGUGCAGCGGCAGGCCAAUAUGAGUCUGGGUACCCCAGUAAACCUAAAGAAGAAGAAAAUCCCUGGCAGAGAGACAACCAGCCUACUCAGCUCAUCAUCAGCACGCUCGCUUUUCUUCUUCAAAAAGUCGUCCAGCAUUCACAAGAUUGGUCACUAUCGCAACAAAUAUGGUGUUACGACUUACAAGGAGACACCCACCAACACACUCAUGUGUUCUAUACAGCUUGGUCUACAUAACUCGAUCGGUGGUCUUGCAUCAAAGCCCAUUCUUGACUUACUGAUGGUGCACUUCAACGCCAUCGACAGUCAGGAUUUUCCAACUGUGGGUACUUCAUUCACACCUGCCCAUGACUAUGGUGACUUCACAUUCAAGACGUAUGCACCAUUGGCAUUUCGGCAUUUUCGUGCUCAGUUCGGUAUUGAUGUAUCUGACUUUAUGAUAUCGAUAUGCAAUGAGGCGCUGCGCGAACUCAGUAACCCUGGUGCUAGUGGCUCUAUCUUCUAUCUAACACACGAUGAUGAGUUCAUCAUGAAGACAGUGCAGAGAAAGGAAUCUAAGUUUCUGCAGCAUCUUCUACCUGGAUAUUACAUGAAUCUUAUUCAGAACAAGCAGACGCUGUUGCCAAAGUUUUUUGGCCUGUAUUGCUACGAGAACUUGUUUCAUCGGCGCAGCAUUCGCAUAGUGGUCAUGAAUAACUUGCUGCCUUCAUGCAUAGCGUACCACGAGAAGUAUGACCUGAAGGGAUCCACCUUCAAGAGGUUUGCGUCACCAAAGGAACGCACUAAAAAGAGUCCCACCCUGAAGGAUCUGGACUUUCUGAAGAAUCAUCCGGAUGGACUACUACUGGAGCCUGAGGUUCAUAUCAGCCUCAUGGAGUCCAUACGUCGCGAUACAACGCUCCUGGAGAGUUUUGCUAUCAUGGACUACAGUAUGCUACUUGGAGUACACAAUAUUGAUGAAGAGCUCAGGUGUAAGAAAGCCAAGGGUACUGAACUGGCUCAAGAAAACAUGGAUACGCUUGAUGAAACGCCGGACAUCACUUCCGCCGAAGAAUCCGAACCCACUGGUACUUCCGAAGCUUCUGGCAAGAACACGCUAGAUGUCACCCAGCCAGGGGCCAGCACUCCGUCCACGAAGCGCCACCUGGAUCGCAAGUUGUCUGCACCAGCCAGUGCCGUCAGUCGCCGGAAAGAGUUUUCGCUGAUCGCCAGCAACGAUGACAGUCCUACAAGAUACGGUGACGUGACGUAUGAUGUGCCGCCCGGUGGUAUCCCAGCACAAAACAGCAAUGGCGAUCGUCUUCUCCUCUUUAUUGGUAUCAUUGAUGUACUACAAAGCUAUGAGCUGCGUAAGAAGAUGGAACACAGUGUAAAGUCGCUAAUGGCAGAUGGGGACACUGUCUCUGUGCACCGGCCAUCAUUCUAUGCCACACGCUUCAGGAGCUUUAUGACCGACUCGAUCUUCAAAUGUGACGUAUCAAAAAGAAGAUCUCGAAAUGUGUCCAUACAUGAAUCAAGUUGAGCUCUCUCCUUCCAGUGCUGUGCACAGGGUUAGGAUCAACCUCACUGGCCUCUUAUCUAUGCCUGUAUGUAUGCCUCUCUUCGCCGCCUGUUUGACUAGAGAGCAUGCAGACAGCAUUACAUCUGCUGCAGUAGCAUAGCUAUUUAUACCUUCCCCUUCUCGCCCUCCCCAUUUGUUAACUAGUUUCCUUCAGGGUUGUUCGUUACUCUGACGCCUAUGUGAAGCAGGCUUCCAUAGGAAGGCCCAGUGUGUGUGUGUGUGUGUGUGUGUGUGGUGUGUGUGUGUGUGUGUGUGUGUGUUUGUGCAUGUAUGUGCGCAUGUUUGGGUAUUGUGUUUGUAUGUGGUCACUGUCAGGUGCUGACUGAACACUUCCUUGUGUGCUAUCUUGUCAUUGAUUAUUUCGUCUCUCUCUCUUUUAUUUAAUUAAGCACAUGCAUUCGCUCUUUCUCUCUCUCUUUUUAUAUCGUCAUACUCUUAAUUAAAUGUUCCUGUCUGGUUGUCACCAACACAUAGCCAGUGGUUGAAUGUAUGUUUGACAUUAGACCCCAUACUCUUCUCCACUGGCAUGUUGUACUGUUUCUGCUUAGCAGCCUGGAUAUUUACCACUAGUAUUUAUGAAACGAUACAGUCAAUAGACUCAUAAUGAUUUACCAUUGAUUUAAUUUUGAGUCCACGCUACAUUGUUGUCCUUGACCAUUCUCUUCCUUCCACUCAUCCGCGCUGUACACAAAUUAUUAUUGUUGUUUAAUA